CCCACCGGAAGCGCCCCGAGAUCCGAACAUGGCGAUCGCUCGGUGCCUGCCCUGGAACCUGAGACGAGCCGGGGCCUGGCUGCUCCCGCCGCCCGCGCGCUGUCCCCGGCGGGCUCUGCACAAGCAGGCAGAUGGCACCGAGUUCCAGAGCAUCUACAGCCUGGACAAGCUCUACCCGGAAUCACGGGGCUCGGACACCGCCUGGAGGGUCCCGGAUGAUGCACAGCAAGCCCAUAAUGACAUUCCUCUAGAUCGUUUGACAAUAUCUUAUUGUCGGAGUAGUGGUCCUGGGGGCCAGAAUGUUAACAAAGUGAAUUCCAAGGCUGAAGUCAGGUUCCAUUUGGCAACCGCCGAGUGGAUCGCAGAGCCCGUGCGGCAGAGGAUGGCUGUCACGCAUAAAAAUAAGAUCAACAAGUCGGGAGAGUUGAUACUCACCUCUGAAUGCAGCCGCUACCAGUUCCGAAACCUGGCAGAUUGUCUUCAGAAAAUUCGAGACAUGAUUGCUGAGGCCAGCCAGACAGCGAAGGAGCCAUCCAAAGAAGAUGCUGUACUGCAGAGGAUCAGGAUAGAGAACAUGAAUCGGGAAAGGCUGAGAAAAAAGCGAAUACAUUCUACCAUAAAAACAGGCAGGAGGGUGGGUAUGGACUGAAAUCCUCCUCCAGAGCCGGCACAGCCCUCUUCAGGGGCUCCAGGCUGCUGCAGCCGAGAGCGUGAACACCGUCAGGAGACCCCUGGUUUGUGGUUGUUAACGCCUGUCUUUCCCCUUGGCGCUACCACAAGAAUGUUCAUUUGGAAGGAGGGUUGCAGGCCCUGGUUGCAAAGGUCUUCAUAGGCAGUCACAUGUUGUCAAACCUUAAUUAUUCAUUUAGUGUAUGAGCUGCAAUAAAACUCUGCAAUAA